UGGCAGCGUCGGCAGGGUCAGACUUGGCAGCGGCCAGGUCGAGGGUCGUGAGGGUGUGCUUGGCCGCCUUGUAGGCGGUAUAGUGGCGAAGGAGGUCGCUGGCAAAGUUGGCCGUGUCGCACUGCUCCACGGCGCUGACCAAGCGCCUAUUCUGGUCGUCAUCCAGGCCCGCGUUUGCGGCCAACUUUUCACUUGGCACGAUACAGCGCAAUAGGAUACGCUUGAAGGAAUGAUCUUUGGGCUUUUCAGUCGAAGUCGAAAUCGAAGCAGAAGUCGAAGCACAAGUCGAAGCACAAGUCGAAGUCUCUGUGUUCUGGAGUAUCCGAAUGGAAUCAAUGAGCGGAGACAGGGCACGCCUGUUGGCUCUCCAGACGAGGUCGGGCUCCGAGGUGGGCUUUUGGGCUGAGCCAUCCCAGGCACAGAGGUCUUUGACAAGGCGCCGGCCCCAAACAUCGAUGGGAUGCUUGUCACUAUCGCUGGGACGUUUGUCACUAUCGCUGGUAGACUCGCACUUAUCCAGGGCAUGCUUCCAAAGACCCUCGACCAAAUCGAUGAGCUCCCGGCGAGUCAGCUGCUUGAUGCCUUCCUUGUGUUUGCAGAUCAUGUAUGGAUUGGCGUUGUUCAGAGUCAGUUCAUUCAGGUAAGCAUCGGCAGAUGCUUUGAGCGAGUCGUCGACCCCGGUGUAUUCGCCGACGUUGACACUCGUGUGUUCGCCAUCGUCGGGCUGAUUAUUGAGACUAUCACAAGGAGUAGCGGAGCCUCGGGCAUCGCCCAAAGUUGUGGGGGUAGAGGCGGCUGCUUCUCGCUUGGCUGGCGUGACGGAGGUGAUCAUGCCAAAGGUGGCGUGCGCCCACCUUCCCAUCUGCUCUUCGGCCUCCGCUAAAUGUCUUGGCUCAGCGCAGGAUAGGCUGGCCGGGUUCGGAAUACAUUCGGGUGGCUGUUGGUCGUGGAUGCUGCAGAGGAUACCACACUCGUUCAGCCAUCCGAGAACAGUAAACUUAUCGUAUUCGGAGAGCCCACGAUGGAAGAUGCCGCAGUCAGCCGAAGGGAUAGUUUUCUUGACUAGCCAAAGAUGGUAGCCAAAGAUGCUGAUGGCGACCGAGAGCUGAUUCUCGGCGAGGGCGCCUCCCUUGAAACCCUUUUGCAGGGCAGCAAUGAGGACACCGAUGGCAAUUAGAGCUCCGUUGUCUCCCGUAGACAUGGGUAGAUAAGGAGCAGAUGCAG